AUAGCUCGAUCGUACGUCGGCUCAGACUACCUUAAAGCUGAAGGCUUUGUGUCGACAGCAGUUUGCGUGUGUACACGAAAAAAAUCAAGGGAUAUCUGCAACAUUCAUUACUGGAACAUGCAGCGUAUUCGGAUCACCGGUGUGAAUGAGAAAAGACACAUCAUUUGCAUGCUGACCGGCUGCCUUUAUAAAACGCUCCACACCUCCUCCCUCCUCCACUCAUCAACAUCAGCAUAGUCUAAUAGCGAAAGGCACCUUUGACAAGCAAAUGGCGAUCGGCAUGACGGGUUUGGUGAAGAAGUUUUUAGCCUGCGGCGGCAGGAACUUCCGGAGUGGGCUACCGGAGGGCCACAUAUGGGUGUGCGUGGGCACGGAGGCGGCGGCGGCGCGGAGGCUGGAGGUGGAGGCGAACUACCUCAACCACCCGCUGUUGGAGGACCUGCUGCGGCUGUCGGUGCCGGAGUUCGGGUACUCGUACGAGGGGGCGCUGCGGAUCGCCUGCGACAUCGACUUCUUUCUGUACUUGCUCGAUCUGCUGAGGAGCAGCGACCCCGCCGUCCACUACAUGGAGCUCCGGGAUCUGAUGGCCGCCUUCUACGUCUCGGCUGGCGGUAGCAGACAACACCACCCAAGUUACCACCAGCAGCAACAGAUGCUGCUGCUGCAGCAGCAGCUCUGAAUCUAAUU